CCGUUCGGGAACCAAGUUGGUUCGUGUGGAAUGCACCGACUGCCGAAGUGGCCGCGUCACUUUCGAUUCCGAGCGUUUUGCCACUCAUUUGUUCAUUGCCACGUUUUUAGCGAGGUAUGCAACUUCCGCUCGUGCUAGGCCUCGCGGCGCUGGGCAUGCAGCGUGUAGCCGCACUGGACGUGAGUGUAUGCGGUGACGCCACCUAUGCGCUAUCAGAGUCCAGAGGAGCCCUGUGUUCAGGUGCGGGUUCUGCACCUGCAGGCACGGCCUGCCCACUACGAGGCGACGUGGCUGUGGCAGACUGUCAUAACAAUCUCGCAUCCUAUCUGGACGGGUCCUGCGUCGCACCCGAAGACGCUGAAUGCCGCAUCGUCACUGGAUCCACUUGGGGUUGUGUGUUGCCGUCCGUUGGCUGUGGAGACGAAAGCAGUACACCAGAGGCAACACCGGCAGCGACAGUGCCGAUUGAGGAGGACGGAAGCUGCCCGACAUGGGAGUUCGAUGGAAAGGACGACGUGGUGGAAAGUAUUGACACGAGUUCUGCCUUCGAUGGCAACGAGGACUAUGACGAGAGCUGGUUCACGCAGACCACGACGGUGACGGAGCUGUACGACUGCGGAGAAGUACCGGACACUACCGAGGCCCCGGUCACGAGCGCACCCGAGACCGCGACGCCGGCGACACAGACUCCAGUGACGGCGUCCCCGCCAACCGAGACGCCAGUGACGGAGCCUCCUUCAACCGGAACUCCGGUCAUCGAAGCCCCGAUAACGGAGUCACCAGUGACGGAAUCUCCCUCGACCAAGGCCCCACCGACUGAGUCUCCAUCGACAGAAUCGCCAGUGACUGAUACGCCGGGGACAGAGCCCCCAGUGACGGAGACGCCUGCUCCUGAGUCACCUGAGACGGAAGCACCAGUGACAGAGUCUCCAAUAACGGAGAACCCAGCGACCGAGCCUCCAUCAACGACGUCGCCGACUACUCCAGAGCCAACGACGAAGACUCCAUCGACGACGACGCCUACUACCUCGCAACCAAGUACAGAGACUCCGUCAACGACGUCGCCCACUACUCCAGAGCCAAGCACAGAGACUCCAUCGACAACUUCGCCGACAACACCACAGCCAAGCACAGAGACUCCGGCGACAACUUCGCCAGCUACUCCGGAGCCAGCGACGGAAACUCCAGCGACAACAGAGCCAUCAGCGCCAGGGCCAACGACGGAAACCCCAGUGACGACGGCGCCGGGGACUCCAGAGCCAACUACAGAGACUCCACCGACUGCGCCGACAACCCCGGAGCCAACGACGGAAACCCCAGUGACGACUGCGCCGACUACCCCGGAGCCAACGACGGAAACCCCAGUAACAACGGCGCCGGUGACGCCAGAGCCAACUACAGAGACUCCAGUGACGACGGCACCCGUCACCUCGGAGCCUACUACACAGAUGCCUUCAACUGAUAUUCCAGUAACUCCAUCUACGGAACCAACCCCAGCACCGACGACGGAGGAGCCUUAUACGCCAGGCCCGACCACGGACGAACCAACGCCGGCACCGACGACGGAGGAACCCACGCCAGCUCCUACAACGCCCGAGCCGACACCGGCACCGACGACGGAGGAGCCUUAUACGCCAGGCCCGAAGACUCCUAAGCCAACUCCAAGUCCAAAGACUCCGAAACUCUCUUCUCCCUCAAAUAAUUCGAAGCCCCCGUACAACCAGGGCGGUCAAUGGCAGUACCAGCAAUCUGAGCAAACGGUGGAGUCCACCACAGCUUAUACGAGUGGAGGGGAAUCUCAGACGGUGUCGUUUGCAGCAGCAGACAGCGCUGACUCGGCUAGCAGGGACAACUCUGAAGAAGUGUGGGUUGCUGUCAUCGGCAGCUUUGUUGCGGUUGCGGGUAUCGCCGGUGUGGCUUUAUACGCGAGAAAGAAGCGUCGCCGCGAGAACAGGGGGCUCAGUCCCACUAACGAGUACGCCAUGCACCCGAUCGUGACACCUCAAUGGCCUAGGACGGAUUAA